AUGUCGGCUGGAGCAAAUGCUGGCACUAAGAAAACGGGUCGUACAAUUCUGUCUAAGGCGUUGAUUAUUCAGGAAUAUAAACGUCGACUUAGGGACAAUAUCAAGUCACUUAGUGACAAUUUUAACAACAUCAUUUCUGCGGCAAAGAUCAGUAUGGAUGAGGCUUCUCACAAAAAUCCAGUUGGCAGGAUGACAGAGUUCUGCACGCUGAAAGACGAGGUUACAGCACGGGCAGCGUUAAUGAUGCGUGCUGCCGAUGAACUGCUUAAGCUGACACACGACUUGAAAGAAUUUUUAAUACUACACGACUUCAAUUUUCUCAGUCAUGCAAUUCAGGAUUCCGAGCAGAAAGCCGAUAAGAAAAUGGAUGAGGAUGUUUUGCUUUAUGACGAAUUACGGAUUGAUACAGCUGGCUUGAUUACAGAUAUUGACCGAGAAAUCAGUGACCAUUUUUCAUUGAAAUACUGA